GAGAGGGGGGAUUAGAAUGUGGUUUAACAAAAGUUUUUUUUACUGUAGGUUGGAUCAGAAAGAGGUUCCUGGACUGCAGUUGAAAGUGCGAUGCUGAUUGAGACAUGAAAGGGAAGAUUUGGCCAUGUUUUGAACCUAGAAGGCAUUCGAACUGAGGUUUUCAAGGCAAGAUGGAUGGCGAAGAGAAAACCUAUGGUGGCUGUGAAGGGCCAGAUGCCAUGUACGUGAAGUUGAUCUCUUCUGAUGGCCAUGAAUUUAUUGUGAAGAGAGAACAUGCCUUGACUUCUGGCACUAUCAAAGCCAUGUUGAGUGGACCAGGGCAGUUUGCAGAAAAUGAAACCAACGAAGUAAACUUCAGGGAGAUCCCUUCUCAUGUUCUCUCCAAGGUGUGCAUGUACUUCACCUACAAGGUCCGUUACACCAACAGCUCCACAGAGAUCCCAGAAUUCCCCAUUGCUCCUGAGAUUGCACUGGAACUCCUCAUGGCUGCCAAUUUCUUGGAUUGUUAAACCCACCAAAAAUGUAGCAGCCUCAACAUUUUUAGAUUAUUAUUUUUUGACUACCGUAUUUAACUUGUUUGCCAUGUGCUUCAGAUAAAGAAAAACAUUUGAAUGAUGGGAGUAUGUCGGUAUGCUUUGUAAACAUUGCUUUUGCUCUUUGUCCUCAUUUUAUUGGUAGUGAAGACUUACAUUUUAAUAUAAUGGAUGGGUGACAUCACCAGUUGUUCUGCAAUGUGACAAAUGUGGCUGUUCCUUAGCUUUGGCAUUCCUCACUUGUCCACAAUAAAGUCUUUUUGGUGAGUGAAUUGGUGCUAAA